AUGGCUGACAAGGACAAGGAAAAGGACAAAUCACGCUACCGCUACCAGAGCGAGAUCCAGCAAAUGAUGUUUGUCUUUGGCGAAGUCUCGGACGCCAUCCAGGAGACCACCAUGCUCGUCGAGGACAUUGUCCGCUCACAAGUCAUCGAGAUUAUAUGCUUGGCAGCUCAGCAGGCACGGAAACGAGCUUCUAGGUUCAUGACAGCAGAGGACCUCAUCUUUCUUAUCAGGCACGACCGCCCCAAGGUCAAUCGACUCCGGACAUAUCUCUCCUGGAAAGAUGUCCGCAAAAACGUCAAGGAUUCUUCGGAUGGCGCAGGAGGCACAGGAGCUGACGAUGUGGCUGGAUUGGAUGAUGCUGCUGCUGCACAUGAGAAGGGCGUCGGGGUAGAUGGUCCCGGGGGUGGACCUAAUGGCAAGAACUCUGCAGCUGGGCCUGUCCCUGUGUCGAAGGCUAGGCGGAUGAGGGUCAAGUUGAGCUGGGAGCUGCUUAAUGGGUUUGCAGAUGCCAUGCUUGGAAACGGAGAGGAUGACGAGGAAGAUGAUGACGAUGAGGAUGCUUACCUGGACUCCAUGCAGCGGCUACGAGAUGCAGACAGAAUUACACUGGCAAUGACGAGAGAGGAAUACGAGCACUAUAGUGAAUGUCGACAGGCAUCAUUCACUUACAGGAAAGCAAAGCGAUUUCGGGAAUGGGCCAACAUGGCCUCAUACAUCGACAUGCGACCUAACGACGACAUUAUCGAUAUUCUCGGCUUCUUGACCUUUGAGAUGGUGACAACCCUUACAGAGUCAGCCCUGAAGGUGAAGAAGGAAGAAGACGAGAAGCAGCGACUCUACCGCGAAGCAGUGGUUGCGGCCAAGAACAAGAGCAUGGGCAAAACUGAAGAUGGUACAGGGUCAGGCGCAGGAGGAGACGGUAGUAAUGGCGCCAACAAUGGAGCAGGCGAGGAUAUGGACCUGGAUGAGGAUGUACCUGGAUUGUUCUCGUUGCCGCCCAGCGAGAAGGGUCCCCUACAGUCACGGCAUAUCCGUGAGGCAUUCCGACGACUGCAACGUGCACCUCUUCCCAUCAAGAACUACAACGGAGGGCUGGCGCGAACCAAAGUCUCGCUGAUUUGA